GUUUUAUUUGGGUCGCAGAUUUUUAGUAAUUUCCCGAAACGACAAGCAUUGUUUUGAGAAGGUUUGUUUUGGGACGGUGAAGUGAAUUCGUACAAUGUAAUCUUGAUAGAUUUCAAAUGUAUAGUGUGUCACAAUGAGCAGUAAUGUAGAGAAUGAUAGGUCGAUAACAGCGGGCAAGAUGUAUCCCAUUGACUUGGCACCGCAGAAAAUUACUAUCGUGAAAAGUGUAUCCAAUGCAGAAGUGAAAAUGGCGCACCUAAUCCCAGGGCAGCCCAAAACCACCGCCGCAGGUCAAUUAAUAACUCAUCCAGGGCCUGUCGGCUUGUUGCGUCCAACUGCCCAAAUCCUCUCGCCUGGCGUCUCCUCGCAGCCACAGAUGAUAGUGACGGGCUCACCCCUCUUGCAAGGCACACAGAUAGUUAGUCAAGGGUCACAGAUCAUUGGACAAAGUUCUCAAAUAAUUAGCCCUGGUGGGCAGAUAUUGAGUCCAGGAACUCAGAUUAUAAGCCAAGGGACUCAACUUACUGCAGUGUCAAGUACUAGUAAUACAGGUUCCAGUAAUGUUCAAGUUAGUGUGCCGUCAUCAGUGAGUGGCCAAGUACUUAGUGUGGGUGGAUUAGUGAGUGCAGGACCGGCUCAACUUGUGAGUGGAGCUGCCAAUCUUGUGGUCAGCUCUUCGGUGCGUACUUUACCACCAAGUGUUAGAGUACUGCCGCCCCUACCUCAUCAUAAUAAUAGACCAGCUACAGCCGUUCUAUCAACAGUCAAUGUAUCAAGUGCAGGUGGUGUACUGGUAAGCAAAGGUGUGACUAGCCACGUACCGCGAGGUCUUGCCGCCGGUGCUUCACUUGCCGUGCGUCCUGUCGCGCCAGCCGCAUCUGCCAUUAGUGGUGGCGCAUGGUCAAGUGGUCGUGGUCGUGGUGCGUUAGUAUACGGCGCGCGAACGCCUCUAACACGCGCUGCGCCCCCCCGCGCGCCGUCUGCGCCACCCGCACCCACAAGUACUCCCUCCCCAGCACCCUCACCAGCCUGCGCCGCUGGUCCCACAGCAACAAUCACAGUGACACAAGCAUCACAUUCUGCCAUGGUCACUUUGCCCACAACUACAGUACUUACUUCGACUGGUGUGAUAUCAGGCACGCUGCGUGCCGCAACGCCUGCACCUCGUCCUACCACGCCGACGCCUGCCGCCGUCACACCUCGACCGCUACCGUUGUUGCAGAGAAAUUACCAACCUAAGGUGGUAGGAGUAGCGAGCGUAGGCGUACGAGGCGUAGUCGGCAACAGUGCGCCCGCGCAGCUCUACUACGAAGUACCCCGUGCACAGCUCAAUACGCAACACCCGCAGCAUACUGUCCCGCACACGCAAGCGACGGGACAUUCGCGCCCGCUCACUCCAUUUGCGCACGCUCAACCUGCGCAAGCUAUGGAAGAGCGGUACCUCCUGACACUGACGCUUGACAAGCUUAAUAGAAGAUUGAGCAACGAAGUGAGACAAUGUCAAGAGUUUCAAACAGAAGAACCGCCACCUACGCCUCCGUCUGUUGAAGUAAAACCACCCAAACGACCCCUUCUAAGCUCUAGCUAUGUGUGUGGCUGGCGUGGCACAGCGAUGCAUUUUACCCGACCGUCAGACGUGAGACGGCGAGAGCCCCGGGCCAAAGACAUACUACAGAUCGCCAGUCAAAAACAUGUAUUAACUAGCGCAGAAGGCUGGAAAGUACAUCAUCUCACGGCUCAAAUGGAUGACCUAGUAUCGUUAGAGGCGGACGUAGGGGCCCAGUUAUCAACGCUCUUGAAGCAACUCGAGAAUCUCGGCAGCCGUGCACAAACUGCUCUCCAACCGCAUACACACACUUUAUUAGAACUGCUCAAGGGUAACAUUCAAAGAAGUAAAAUAGUUUGCGAAGGCAUUCACGAGGCUCGGGAUGACUUACUUCGCGUAUUUACGCAUAGAACCUUUGUCUCCGAUAUCCUCACUCGGCAAGCUGAUAAGCGGUGUUUUAGAAAACAUAGAUCACAAUCCUAGCAUGAGCUUAACCUUUGUAGGCCAAGCACUAGCUCUGGUGCUGGUCCAAGCAGGGGACCAAGCGCCAGUACUAGUGCUGGACCUUGCAAAGGUUCGGGCACCAGUACUAGUGCUGGCCCUAGUAAAGGACCUAGCUUAAAUAUUGUUCCAAGCACAAGUAAAGGUUCAAAUGUUAGUGCUGUGCCAAGCGCAAGUAAAGGUUCAAAUCGUGCGAUUCCAACUACAAGUAAAGGAUCAAGUCGUACAGGUCCAAGCACUAGCAAAAGCCAUAGUUUAAAUAAAAGCUGGAAAAGUUCUGGCUUAAGUAAAGCUAAAGGAAAUAGAGCGGGCAAAGGCCAUAGCAGUAAAAGUUCAAACAGUUAUGGUCCAAGUACAAGCAAAGGACUCUACAGUGCUGGUCCAAGUACAAGUAAAGGACAAAGUUCUAAAGCAAACACGAGUAAAGGCCUUGGCUCAAGUUUAGGACCAAGCACUAGUGGAUAUUCAAGAAGAGUACAAGACAAAUAAAACUUAUUUCGAUUAGGGGCGCAAUUUGACGGACAUUACAAGCUUUGUGAUUUGAGAAUGCAGUGUUGCCAGAAUAGGGAGGGGUACUAUUAAUUUCACGAUAGGUGCGACACAGUAACGGAUUAGUUACGCAACUAAUUUUUAGUUGAGCUAUAUUCGGUGAGUUGACGUCAUCAAGACUUCAGACGUAAUUUUGCUUGGCAAGAUAGAGUGCUGAUAUUGCGCAAAGCGCGUAAACUUAAUAGUUCAUUUUAUAAAAGCAAAUCACAACGACGAUGACUGUCAUUUCAACGGAACU